CACAAACUGCAUGAUGCUAGCAAGUCAGCAUGGACCAAAAUCCCAAAGGAAUGUUUCCAGCACUUUGUUGAAUCCAUAACGUGAACAACUCGGGCUGUUCUGGAGGCAAAAGGGGGUUCUACCCAGCACCAGAUAGGAAACGGGUGUACCCAAUAAAGUGGCCACUGAGGGUAUACACUCGCGUGGAGCUGCUCCAGUUGGCUUUUAUGACACACUGUGAAACAAAUAAUGCACAUAGGCUUCAUGUACUGCAUAAAAUGUUUUGGACCAGUUGGCUUAUCGUCCUUGCUUAUCUUCCAAUGCUCCACUCACGCAUUUUCUCCUUCUCCUCUCCAGAUGUUCCCCUGGUCGGCCUUGUUCUCCACAGAGCCUCAGCUCCCUGGCCAGCGGUCUCCAGAGGAGAUGGUGACCGACACCCUGAUGCUGGAGCUGGGCGCGCUGCUGAAACGCACCGAGCGGCUCCGCCAGGAGAGGGCGACGGAGGGGCGCAGGCGGAGCUCUUCCGUGGACUACAGCUGGCUGGCUGCCAACCCCCCGAAACAUGCCUACGAGCUCACCCCCGGCGAGGUGCUCGAGCUGCAGGGCCUGUGUGCCAAGAUCCCCCCUUCCCAGUGCGGCCCCGUCAUACUGAGGUUCAGGAAGCUGGUGACGGAGUUUGAGCCGGAUGUGAACGAAGUGCCGCGCAUCUUCCGCUCGGUGCUGAGCGACUGCCUGGAGGAUGAUGCCCUGGGGCUGGAGGAGGAGAGGAUGAGGGAGCAGGCCAGUCGCUUUCACAAGCCGCGCAGCAAGAGCCUGUCCUUGGUCACCUUCCGCUCCAAGUUCCGCAUCAACCCCUUCCGGGGCGGGGGUCUUCCGGAGCAGGAAGGGGAGCCGUGGCCGGUGGAGGAGGAGGAGGAGGAGGGGUUGCCGAUGGGGGUCCAAGGAAGGACCAGGAGGGUGAGGAGCAUGCCAGACAUUACCCCCAUGGAGGAGAGUGCACAAAGUUAAGGGAGGAGGUAGAGAGGAGGGGUGAGAGGGGAGAAACGGCGACGAUAGGAGAGAAGGGUACGAUGUUUGGUAGGAACCCCGUGAAGGGUGUGGCAGAAAUGCAUAUUCUCACUUGAAUAACAUUUAUACUACUAAAGCUGCAUUUAAUACAUGUACAGUUACCCGAUCAGACUGACUUGGAAAAAGUACAUAUAUGUGAUGCCUGAUACCAUAUGGUGAUUUUGUUGAUGUAAAUAUCUAAAAUAUUACGUGUGUCUAAAUGAAUGAAAAAAGAUUCCAUUGAAUCAAUACCUUAGAACUUUUUUCCAGUAAAGAUGUCCAAUGCCAUGUUUCCUAAUUUAGUCUUUGGGUGUUUCCUCCCAAACUGCAGUUGAGUUACAUUGCUUAAAUAAAUUUACCUGCUUUCAUA